AUGUUCACCAUCAUCGACGUCCCCAAGAACGCUGCAGGACCAUCGGCCGUCCCUCAGCCAGGACCUCCCAGACCACCGAAUCCCACUCCGUCGACGACUGCGGGACAGCCCGCGAGUCGUCCGAACGAGGUGCGAUGCGACGUCUGCCAUAUCCUGCUCGACAAUAUGGACGCCUACGACGCGCAUCGACUUGGCCCGCAGCAUCAGCGAGUCCUCGCUGAGCUCGCGUCAGGUACCGGGCCGUCCGCACGCGUGCUUACCUGCACUGUCUGCGAGCGCGACGUCCCCGUCGUGCGCUGGGACACGCACGUCACGGAAGAUCAGUACCACAAGCGGCGCCAGCGCUUUGCGGACAUUACGGCUGAGACCGAACAAAACCGCAACGGGAUCGUUGUCUCCGGCGUAGGCGGCAGCGGCGUCGACUUUGGCAUCGUCGAGGUCGACGCGGUAUCAAGCGUCUCGCCGGAGCGCACGCUAGAGGUGACCGUGAUCAAUGAGAUUCGGGGCAGCCUCAUCACGCUCGCGCGCGUCGCGUUCUCGUCAUCCCUACGUAAGUCAGCCCAGAGCAGCAACUUUUCUGCUGUCCUCCGCGGUACGUCAAAGUUUGUGUCCCAUGGCCGCCCGUGCGCCGUGCGCGUCACCUUUCACCCGUCGUACGUCGGGCGCUUCCAAGACAUACUCGAGCUCGAGUUCCACGACCUCAAAACGAGCACACGCUUCACGAUCGUGCGGCGCGUCUCCGCUACGGUCGGCUCCGCGUCAGUGCACACGCUGCUCGCCGCGCGUGGGCGCUACGUGCGCCUCCCAUUUGCACCGCGCCUGCCUGACCCGCGCGCGAUCCCGACUGCGCGCCCACCGACGUGGACGAAGGUGCGCUGGGCGGUGCGCAUGGGCGAAUAUCCUAUCCCGGAGGCGAUGGACGAGCUGUUCAAGAAGCCUCCGCGACGCAGCCUGAUUGGAGAGAUCCGGAGCAGGUUCAUGCCGAACGUGUUUGGCAGUGCGACGUAUGGAAAGCACUUUCAGGCAUUACUUCAUCUCGAAGAGAUUCAACAGAGUGCCGACUUGGCUCGCUUCAAUAUGUUCGACAUGCCGAUAAGAUACGAAGCUCCGAGAUAUCGUCUUCCCAUUCCCGGCCUCGCAGAAGGAAAACCAUCUGUAAUUGUUGGCGACACCAUUUUCCUCAAGCAAGCUGGGGACAACAACGAGACGUGGUACGAGGGCAUCAUCCACAAAAUUUACACCAGUGAAGUCACGCUUCAAGUCAAUCCCAAGUUCAAGCUCGGCGGAAACCUCCGCGGAUCCGUGGACGUGCGCUUUAAGCUCAAUCGUGUUCCACUGCGCAGAGCGCACCAAACGAUCACCAUGCAGAACAACCCACCACGCAUCCUGUUCCCCGAGUCUCGCGACCUCGCUGGCUUGCAACGUGUCUCACGGGCGCAGAUAGAUGACCUUGUGCUGGAGAAUAACAUGCUGAUAGACAAUGAUGAGCAAAUGCAGACCAUUGCCGCUAUCGUAACCAUGCCUCCAGGGAGUGUACCCUUUGUUGUGUUUGGACCUCCAGGGACGGGAAAGACAGUGACGAUCGUAGAGGCGAUAUUCCAAAUUCUCAAGCGCAAUCCUGAGGCAAGGAUCCUCGCGUGUGCCCAAGGAAAUAAGGCCGCAGAUCUGAUUGCCGAGAGGCUCGCUGACCUUGGCCCUGCACAACUGUUCCGGCUGAACGCAAUGUCGCGCAAGUAUAGAGAGCUGUCAGAAUCCGUCGUCCUGGACUUCUCGUUGGUCAACGACAACCAGGUCUUCGCGAUCCCGGAGCUAUCCGUACUUAAAUCGUUCCGUGUAGUCGUUGCCACCUGCGUGUCCGCCGGCGUCCCUUAUGGUCUUGGCGUAGAGCUUGGCUGGUUCAGCCAUAUCUUCAUUGACGAGGCUGGGCAGGGUAUGGAGCCGGAGGUUAUGGUCCCGAUCAAGACGAUGGCGGACGCGCGUACCAAUGUCAUUCUUGCUGGUGAUAUGAAACAGCUCGACCCUGUUGUUCGUUCAAGCUACGCCCGUGAGCUAGGCUUGAAGACGAGCUUUCUGGAGCGGCUCAUUAGUCGACCGACUCAUGAUCUCAGCACGUCGAGAGGGCUCACAAUCAUGAAACUGCUGAAACACUGGAGAUCGCACCCCGGUAUCAUCAACUUUGCCAACAGGGAAUUCUACAAUAAUGAGCUACAGCCGUCUGGGGAUCCUGUCGUUACCCACCGGAUGCUUCGUUCAGAGACUCUUGUGUCGAAGAAAUUUCCUGUUGUAUUCCAUUCGGUGACUGGCAGGGAUGAACAAGAGGAAGGGUCGCCAUCCUACUUCAAUAUCGACGAGGCAUUUUUGGUCAGAAAGUACUGCGAGCAGCUCGUCACAGAUCGUAAAGUGCCUAUCAAGCCUCAUGAGAUCGGCAUCAUUAGCCCUUACAGUGGCCAAUGUGGCAAGAUUCGACAAUUGUUGGGGAGAUCCGACUGCAAACUUGAAGGGCUCAAAGUUGGGCCCGUCGAAGAAUUCCAGGGCGCGGAACGUGUCGCUGUUAUCAUCUCAACCGUACGUAGCCGCAGCAGAAACUUGUUGCAUGACCUGAGACAUGACCUCGGGUUCGUCGGCGAUGGACGCCGUCUCAACGUGGCCAUAACGAGGGCGCGAUCCCUGCUCAUAGUCAUCGGUGAUCCGAAUAUCCUGGGACUCGAUCCGACGUGGAGACAGUUCCUGCAGUACGUGCAUGUCAACGGUGGGUGGCGAGGCAGGCCUGCGAACUUCGAUGCAUAUGCAAGUGAAGAAGAGUACGCUUCCGCUUCCCGCAACGAGGCCGACCGCGAGGCACAGGAAAUGAUUGAACGGAUCAGAUCGAUGAUUGUCGACAAACAAGUCGCCGACGGCUGGGAGGUACCUGAGCCGGAUGGUUUAGACGUCGAUGAUGGAGAGGCAUACAUGGAUAGACCUCAUGUUGAAGGUGACUGA